AUGGACGAAUACAAUAAAGCCGUCCAAAUAUGCACACCGAACAAAGCCCGAAAGCGUUCAAUAAAUAAAUCUAACUGGAAAUCAGCUAAACUAAAGAUUCAGAGGGUGUUUGGAAACAUAGAGAAAGCUAUCAGAAAACAAGAGAUCAUUUCAACCCCUCAGCAGUAUAUUGAACACAUAGAGCAGUAUGCCACUGUAAUGAAAAUGGAUGUGGAUGUCCCUGUUCUAGAUUGGAAGAAGGAAUCCCAAAAUGUGUUAAAGCCACCUGGAGCCUGGCACUUUAAAUUUAAUCCUUCCAAAAGGUUUAAAAUAAUUCUUGACAAAAACAGAAUUACCAAAGUUCAGGGAGAACUACACUACAGAUCCGAAUUAGGCAAUCCUAGAAGUGUUACGGAGAAAAACAAAGAAAUCAGUUCUAUGGAUCCUCAACCGCUUCCUACAAACGUUCCUGUCAAAGAAGCUAAAGUUAUAGCAGUGGCUAAAUUAUUAGAAGGUCACUACGGCGAAAACUGGAGACUCGAUGAAGGCUUAGAUUUUUUCACAAAUAUUGAACUUCGCCAACCAGAAGAAGCUGACACUAAUAUUGAAGAUGUUCCAGAUUUCCAAUGCGAAACGGUUGAAGAGCUAGACGCCUUGUCUGUAUAA